AUCAGAAUUUUCUACACUUAAUGAUAGCCGUAAGUAACCUUAUAUUUCAAACUCUCGCUUUAAAAGGGUUGCUAAGGUUUUAAUAUUGACAGCCUAUCAUCAGGAUAAGCCAUUCACUUUAAGAUGAGACAGGUUACUUUCCUGGUUGCCAUUCUUCUGGUCAUACACAGUUUUUUAGGGAAUUGUGAAGUGGCCACCAGACAUAAUGAAUGUAAUACAGGAGUCCCAGGUAUCCCAGGAACACCAGGCCUGAAUGGUCAGCAUGGACCUCCUGGAAGAGAUGGUAAAAAUGGGGAACCAGGAACAAAAGGUGACCCAGGUACACCUGGUGAAAAAGGUCCACAAGGUCCUCCUGGUAAACUAGGUCCUCCAGGAUCUCCUGGGCCUAGUGGAAUUUCUGGUAUUCCAGGUCAACCAGGCUUCCCAGGACCACCAGGGACAAGGAAACCCUAUGCUUUUCACGUUGGACUGACAUCUUCUUAUCCGUCUACCGAUGGCCCAAUUAAAUUUGGAAAAGUGUUUUACAAUGAACAUAGUAUUUAUAACACAGAAAGUGGAAAGUUCAUCGCUCCAGUAGACGGUCUUUAUUUUCUCACAUACCAAAUUACUGUCCAUAGUAAAAAUGUACAUAUUACCCUACAACAUAAUGGUAAGAUUGUGCAGUACAUGUAUCAUGUGUAUGGGUCCCAAACUAAUCAAGCCUCUGGAGCCUCAAUUCUAGCGCUGAAACAGAAUGAGGAGGCUUGGCUGCAGGUUGUAGGAACAAACAAUGGUCUUUAUGCUGAUAGCGAUGAUGACACUACAUUCUCAGGUUUUCUGAUUUCAUGAAUCUGGCAGCCAUGAAAUUAUAUACAGCCCUAAUUUGUAAGGGCUGAUUCACAUCUGCGUCUAACUGAUCUGGCAGGCUGUCUUGGCAUAAGUACUGGCUUCGACCGGACAAAAAGUUGUGCAUGCAUUUACGAGACCAACCACCAUUGGAUGCCAUUAUAGUCAAUAGGGUCCGCAGUGCACGGCUGUGUCUGGCUAUACUGGAUCUAAUGAACUCCGGCAGGCUGUUCUUCUACUGGAUCAGUUAAACACAGAUGGGAAUCAACAGUAAAACAAAACAUAUAUCAAUGCUAUAAAACAUUGCCUGCGCUGUAUACGAUAACUUGACAAUA